AUGAUUUAUUAUAUUGUCAAGCCCGCUGUGAAAUCUGCUGAAGCUUCAGCUAAACUCUCUCCAGACUAUAAGGAUGAUUUACCGUCCUCGUCCUCGUCCAAACAUGAGGAUCUCAUGAAAGCAGAAGAUGUGGACUGCACACCGCUGCAGAAGUCCAAGCCUCCUGUGCCACGACGACCGUCGAAGUCCUUCUCCAAAGACCCCUUUGUAGAAGGUGAUGUGGAUGUCGGCGCUUCAGUCCAAGACAGUCAUCAGAUGCCAGAGGUGGACACACAUCUGGAGGAUGAAGAGAGAAACACAGAGACUGACGCACAGAAACCGAGAAAGAAAGUGCGAGUUAAGUUUGUUCCACACAGAGGGUUUGUUAUCCAUUUAUCCAAGGUUGACAAGGCUAAUCAUGAAAGAAAGGAGGAAACACAACAUCUUAAGGACAGUGAUGACUCUGAGCUGAAAGGAGCUCAUGGAUUCACUCCUCCUCAACAUCUGAAGGAUGAUGACGUCUGUGAUGAUCUGAAGGGAGCGUUGGGUCACAAAGCUCACGGGUUGAAGGAAGACACAGUACUGAAAACUGAAGCUGGACGGAGUUAUUCACCCAAAAACGCUCAGAGUUCAUAUUCUAACGGCUUUAUGAGUCCUGCUUCAUGGGAUUCAAAGCCGUCUGAUCUGGAGACGGAUGUCUAUAAAGCCUCAGAUCUCUUCACUCUGUCAGACAGUUUUGAGAAACAUCAGGAGAUCACAGACUGUCGACCGAAGAAAUCGAUGAAGUUUAAAGUCCCUCGCAUUCCUCGCAGACAUUUAAAGAGUACUGAAAACCCUGCGAUCAAGCAGAGCAAAGAUCGUGACGCUUCAGAGAUGAAGAAGCCUCCUCUUCUGAAAGUGCCUCCUCUUCUGUCCCAUCGAGCGUCAAAGAGCUUUGAGGACGACGGGUUCCCUUCGAAGGGAGCAGAUCUGUUCAAGGCGGAGGACGAAGGCUGGGAGGAAUACACGCCGGAUAAUAAACCACAGAAACCUCAAGAGACUGACACACAUCGCAGAGGGUCACAGACUAAAGACAUGAAGGAGUUUCCUGAAGAGUUUCUGGAUCUUCCGGGAGCCACGUCUGGAGACUUUCACCUGUCUGAAGCUGCUAGGGCUGAGUGGAUGUCGGCUCAGAUGGACAUGAGACGACUGAGAGUUCAAGAGGAAGAGCAGCAGCAGGAGGAAGAGGAGGAUGAAGGGGACACUGACAGUCUGAUGGAGUGGUGGAAUACAGUGGACUAUUGGGAGGAAAUAACCCCUGAGACGAUCAGGUCUAAAGAAGAAGAGACCAUAUCGUUUAAAGCGGUCGCUGAUAAGGUCCACAGAAGUCUCCGUGUGUAUCUGAAGCUCUUCAUGGAGCGAGCCGAGCUGCUCUACCAGCACGUGCUGAUCUUAUACGGCAUCGCAGACGACCUCAGCAACUUCCACCAGCGCACUAAAAUCGCCAACAUCACGGGAGGAACGACCACCGCGGUGGGAGGAGCCACAGCUAUCGCGGGGCUGGCGCUGAUUCCUGUCACCUUCGGAGUGUCCAUCAUCCUCUCGGCCAUCGGCCUCGGCGUGGCUACAGCGGGCGGCAUCACAGCCGCUUCGGCCUCCAUCUCAGACACCAUCAACAACAUGCACGACCGUAAGAAGAUUGAGCUCAUCAUCAUGGACUACGAGGCCCAGCUGGUGGAAAUGCAGCGCUGUUUGCAGUUCAUCAUUGAAGGUCUUUGUCGACUGCGCUCUCAUCCGCUGCUGAGACGAAACAACUACUACACCGGAGACUGGGAGGUACGACGGGCCCUGCAGACCAUUAGCUUAGUUGAUGGCCCAGUAGAUCGGGCUGAAGAAAUAAUAUGCAACACACUGGCCAAGUUAGCCAGUCUGCAGAAAGGAAUAGACAAGUACUUCACUAAAGACUUGAAGGAGGUGAAGAAGGGCUGUAAGAAGGAGGUGACGGCUGAAGUGCGGGGUCUGGCCAAACAUCUGCACGAAGGUUUAGCGGAGCUCAACUCCAUCAGAGAACAACUGCUCGACGCCAGCGGAAACAUCUAGUAGAUGUCAAAGUUUUGGUUCCAGCUGUCUGCUCUCCCAUUGGCUGUCGCGGCUGUGCUUUCCUGUUCAUUUGCAUAAAGUGGAAUGGUGAUUCUCAGCAAGUUCCAUCUCUUGAGAUCAAAUGAAGUCCAGCUGCUGCUUUGAUGCAAAUCGCUGUCAGUGUGAAUGCAUCUUACAACUUCACCAUAACUGGAUUGAGUUCUCAUGUAAUGAUAUCUCUGAUAAUCUAUAAGAUUCUUCCACAUUAAGAGAGUUUUUCCAAUUUGAACCUCAAUUCCCAUUGUGUUUUACUGUGUGGUUCCCAUCACGAUGUCUGUACAGCCUGAGAAUAAUCUAGUCUUCAAAAUUAUUUUUGUCUUUUUUUUUUUUGUAACAUUGUCCGCUGCCAUUUGCAAUUUGAACGUGUGUGGCUUCAUGCGUGUCCAGUUAUUUUAAUAGUUACUGUACAAAAAAACUUGUGAUGUUGCUUGAUGUUGCAGACUGGUAUUUCUCAUUAUAUUUUAUUCUUUUGUAUAGGUGUAUUCAUAAACAAAUGUGGUAGAGCAUUGCCUUAGCAGUGCAAAAGGUCAUGGGUUCAAUUCCCAGGGAACACAAAUACUAAUUGA